AACGAUAGGAAAGAAAAAACUGUUUCUCCUUCCAGGCAUCCACGUCAGGGAAAAGGAAAACCUCCCGGAGCUCAGCGACGGCGAGACCUUAAUUUUCCUUUCUCCGUUUCUCUUUCCCUACGCGCUCGCCGACUCUUUCUCUCGAUUAUUGCCUUGCCAAGCAGAAACCGUAAGAGCCUGCGAUUCUGCGUGUUUUUAUUGAAUGAAAUUCAGUUUCUCGGCCAGGCAUCGUGAUUACUAAGAACAUACAAUUGCCGCUUUUGAUUGAAUGAGAGGGGAGUUCAGUUCAGGGAUUUCUUCUUCCAUUCUUGUAGUUUAAAUUAAUUCCGAAUUGGAGCUACCCCUUUGCCAACUUCUGGAGAGGGAAGGGGAGUUAAGGUUUUGAUGCACUGCUUUUGUCUACUCUUCAACAGACUUGCUCAUCUGAUAUUCUCAUUCCUCUAUAUGAACAGUAAUAUCAAAUGGUAAUGGAGAGAGCUCAGGAUUCAGCUCGAAUCGCUUGGGAUGCAAGCCACCUAAAUGUGAAUGGGAAGAUAGAGAUGCCUCAUGGGAACAAUCUCGCGGUACAUACGCCCAAUUCUCAUCUCCAUGGGUUUACUACUACACAGAAAGAAGAAAAUAUUCACAAUCAGGAGUCACUUGCUGGUUUCAUAUUCCUCUGUAAUAGGCAGACAAAGCCUCAGUGCUACCAGUACCGGGUUUUCGGGGUUCCCAUACCUAAAUUGCACGUCGUUCAGAAGAUCAAGCCAGGGAUGAAACUUUUCCUGUUUGAUUUUGAUGCUAAGCUUCUCUAUGGUGUUUAUGUGGCGACCUCUUGCGGAGUAUUGAAUUUGGAGCCUGCUGCUUUUGGUGGGAAUUUUCCUGCACAGGUGAGCUUCCGUAUAGACAGAGAUUGUCUGCCUGUACAUGAUAGUACCCUUAAGCACAUAAUCCAUAAGAACUACCAGAAGGGAAGAUUCACUCAAGAACUAAGUUAUGUGCAAGUUCAAGGUCUUUUAUCGGCAUUUCGGCCUUUUGGAAUGCGAUCAUUGGAAUCUGUGCCUCCUAUAAUGGCUCAUGAAUCAAUGCCAGUAGCAUUGUCUGGUACAGCUGGUGUGGAUCAGUCCCAGCCUUUGAAUUCUUAUGAUACCACGAUGCAUCAAAGUCAUGACCAAGCAGAAUCAGGCUCCCAAUAUGCAACACAAACCAAUGUACAACCCCAGCAUGGUUAUUAUGGAGCCACAAAGGAUGGGGUUCCUGAUCACUUAUCAACAAACCUGAACGAUCGGCCAGCUUUUCAACCAUCUUAUUGUACAAACUCACAUGACUCUAGGUUGCAAUUACAACAUACCCCAGCAGUAUCAGCUGCUAAAUAUGAUGCUAUACCAAUUGAUAGAGGCCACCAGUAUGGACAUUAUAGAAACAUAGAGAUCCAAGGGACUACACAUCUACCAGCGGGGCAGCAAGCUCAACUGGCUCCUCCUACUCUGUCUUAUUCAUCACAUCCUUAUGAAGCUAAUACUGUGCAGCAUGGUUAUGUCCUUCCUGCAGCGGUUAGUGGAACUCUUGAGCACGGAGGCCAACAAAGACCACUAGAACAUUCCUUACAACCUCAUAUUCAUCCAUCUUCAGUGGCCACGUAUGAUUACAAACAGGGGCAACAAGGUUACUCGCAUGUCAAUCCACCAUCAUACGCUGUUCCUGCACUAGUCCAACAGGCAGAGCCACUUAUGGAUCCUUAUCAUAGGGAUAGGGGUGUAGUGGAGACCCACCCCAAUUACCAAUACUACAACUGGAACAAUCAUGAGAACUAUAGGUUACAACAAUCACAAGUGAACCAUGAGGCUUAUUUGCAGCAGGGGAGCAGCUAUCAACAAUAUAGCCCAACCACAGUGUCGUAUACACAACCACAUCACCAGUGAGAAACUCAGACACUAGUAAGUGCCCGACAGUGCCCAGGCUCUAGGGAAAACUCUCAUUUCUUCUUGGUUAGGUCAGCAGUUUCAGUUUGUGUAACCUAACAUAUGUAAACCCUGGGGCAAUUUUAUCCUAUAAAAGUACCCUGAUACU